GAAGAAGCGAGGAUGCUGCAGCACAGCACCAACGCUGCCUCCUUUGCGGCUCGCCCUCUGCUUCCGCGAUUGAAGGCCGGCCGGAGGCGGCAGCAUGGUGGCGGCGCAACCAGCCAUCUUUAUGCAUUGCCAGGCUUCCUCUCUUCUUCUUCUUCUUCGGAAGAGCCGUCGCCUUCUCGCUCAUGGAUCUGCACGCCCUCGCCCCGCCCGGCCGUCCCCAAGCCCCCGAUCGUUCCCACCACCGUGGCUAGGGCUGCCGAAGAUGCCGCUCUGGCCGCCGGGGGCGAGGAGAGCCUGCCGAGGCCAGCGACGAAGGUCUCGAGUUCAACGAGCGGGCUGGUGCACAAGUUACAGUUGGGAUUUCUAUUCGGCCUCUGGUAUCUCUUCAAUAUCUACUUCAACAUCUACGACAAACAGAAUCUCCAAGAGAGAUUGGUUGUUGCAGGUUCUGAAGGUGUAUCCGUUCCCAAUGACCAUCACUGCGUUUCACUUUGGCAUAGGGACUGUGUUUAUAUUGUUGAUGUGGCUCACUAAUAUAUAUGAGAAGCCUAAGAUCUCUUCCAAACAGAUCGUUGCAAUUCUUCCCUUGGCUAUUGUGCACACUUUGGCAAAUGUUUUUACUAAUAUGAGUCUGGGAAUGGUAGCUGUUUCAUUCACUCAUACAAUAAAGGCGAGUGAGCCUUUCUUCACAGUAAUUCUGUCUGCCUUGUUCCUUGGGGAGUUUCCUUCCUUUUUGGUUCUGAUUUCUCUUGUGCCAAUUGUCGGCGGUGUUGCUUUGGCAUCUCUGACUGAAGUUUCUUUCAACUGGGCUGGAUUUUGGAGCGCCAUGGCUUCAAACCUUACCAACCAAUCUCGCAAUGUGCUCAGCAAAAAGAUAAUGACCAAAAGUGAGGAAUCUCUAGACGACAUAAAUCUCUUCUCGAUCACUACAAUCAUGUCAUUUUUACUGCUAGCCCCUGUAACGAUACUCAUUGAAGGAAUUAAAUUCACUCCAGCAUAUAUGCACUUUGAUGGACUGAAUAUUAGAGAGGUGUUCGUGAGGUCAUUCCUUGCUGGUGUUUGUUUCCAUGCUUAUCAACAGGCUGCAUACAUGAUACUCUCCAGAGUAUCUCCUAUCACGCAUUCUGUCGGCAACUGUGUGAAGCGAGUGGUAGUCAUAAUAUCUGCAGUUAUCUUUUUCAGAACACCAGUUUCACCUAUUAAUUCCAUUGGGACUGGAGUAGCACUAGUUGGAGUCUUCCUAUAUUCAAGAGUGACGAGAGCCAAACCCAAGUCUGCUUGAGACUUUUAGUUUUUUUUUUUCAUCCAAUUCUCUUUGAAUAGUUUGGAAAUUGGUCAGGAUUUACUCCUUUGUUACAAAGACAUGUGAUAACCCUCACCCCAAGCCCCUUCCAGGACUGCCCAUGCGAUCUGGAAAGGAGGUAAAUUAGGGAUUUCACCCAACACCAAAGAUUUACUCCUUUGUGAUACAACCAUUGCUAUAGGCAGGUUUUCUUGUGUAACUUCAUUUGCUCCCUACCAAUAACAUUUUGACCUUUUGAAGUUUUCUUACAAACGUUUAUUUUGUAGAGCUGUAAGAUCUUUGAUUUAAUUUCAUUUGUAGCAAUUUCCUUCAUAUCUUUGUGUCAACUCUCUUCAUUAAUUGCUGAUGAUCCUGUCCUAAAAUAGUAAAGACAGCUGGCUAGGGAUGUGGCCCAACAGUUGACCUUGUGAA